CUUGUGGAGGGGCAGGAGUCGUGUGUACCUGCGAACCACACCAGGGUCACCUUUCCUCUUCCUACGCUUUCAGCCUCUUUACGGGAACAUUUGGUUUAUUUCUCAGCGUUAUUGUGGUAUUACUUGUGUUUCCACUUCAGCCGCCCGCCAGCCAGAUAUUGAGUGUUGCGCGACAGAUGACAGUGACAGGCAGGGUGUUGGUAGCUGAUCGGUGGUAAGAGAUAACUGGGUGAAGGCGGCUGUCGAGCGCAGAUAAAACGGACAAUAACGGUCUAAACUCGAUAAUGAAGCGACAACAAGCUCAACAACUGAACGGCUAUGGAGACGACAUGUUGACCUAACUGCUGGGGGACUAAAAUGCUUCUCCGAGUGGACCUGCUGAACAAGAAGCACCUCGACACCGCCAAUCACUGGAUCUGACUGAUCUCACUAAUGCCAUUCUUCUUUUAAUUUUUGCCUAAUUAGCUCGUAUCUAGUCCGUAGCUGACAACUCGGGACCAUGUGGCUUUUAAUUCGCAUGUCAGGGUGCACGCACGGAGUGCAUUUAUCCAAACUGAGGCUUACACAGCCCAGGCUGUUACGGUUGGAGCACCGCCUGACCCUCUCAACUGCUCGCCGGAGGAAGACUCAGUCGACCGGGGUCAAGUUGUCAGUCCAUCCGACACCCAGGCCCUUCGCGUCGAUCUUUUCCCGCAGCCCGCUCAGGGGUCUCUCUGUACUUUGUCCACACAACUCCACCUCGAUAGUCCGAGCACGGACAACCACACACACACCUGUUGCCUUUGCCAGUUCUUCAGCCACCUCCACACCCUCACCAUCCGGAUCGGUGAAGACCCAGACCGACACGGAGCGAGAGCAAACGGUCCCCCUGGAGGAUGUGAAAAGGAUUUUGCGGCUUGCUCACCCGGAGAGAUGGAGACUGGCAGCUGCUAUAGGCUUCCUAACUGUCUCCAGUGCAGUAACCAUGUCAGCACCAUUCCUCCUGGGCAAAGUGAUCGACACCAUCUACACCACUGGAACAGACACAGAGACAAUGACAGCCUCCCUGACAUCCUUGUGUAUCAUGCUGACAGGAGUGUUUCUGUGUGGUGGGGCAGCCAAUGCCGCCAGAGUCUACCUCAUGCAGAUCUCAGGUCAGCAGAUUGUUCGUAAUCUCCGUGCCUCCGUCUUCUCCUCCGUCCUCAGACAGGAAGUGGCAUUUUUUGACAAGAACAGGACCGGCGAGCUUAUCAACCGCCUCUCUGCCGACACAGCCGUGGUGGGCCGCUCAGUCACAGACAACCUGUCAGAUGGGCUGAGAGCUGUCGCCCAGGCAGCUGCUGGUGUCAGUAUGAUGUUCUAUGUCUCCCCGAGUCUUGCAAGCUUUGUGUUGCUGAUUGUUCCUCCUAUGGCCGGUCUUGCUGUAGGCUAUGGCAGAUACCUUCGCUCCAUCUCCAAGCGCACACAGGACGCACUUGCACAGGCCACACAGUUGGCAGAGGAGCGUAUCAGCAACAUGCGGACUGUCAGGGCCUUUGGUAAAGAGCUGUCGGAGGUCAGCGCAUACACAGAGAAGACAGAUCAGGUGCUCAGCCUGGCCAGGAAGGAAGCUGUGUUACGAGCCGGUUUCUUUGGAGUGACUGGUCUCAGUGGUAACAUCAUGAUCCUGUCAGUGCUCUACAAAGGAGGCCUCUUGAUGGCCAGCCAACACAUGACUGUGGGAGAGCUCUCAUCGUUCCUCAUGUACACCUUCUGGGUGGGCAUCAGUAUCGCAGGUCUGAGUUCAUUCUACUCUGAGCUGAUGAAGGGUUUUGGAGCAGGAUCUCGACUGUGGGAGCUGCUGGACAGAAAGCCAGAGUUUCCUCUCAAUGAAGGCCUAGUGCUCCCUCCAGACCAGCUGAAGGGCCGGAUAGAGUUCCAUGAUGUGUCCUUUGCCUAUCCGACCCGCAAGGAGGCUGCUAUUUUCCAGAACCUCAGUCUGCUGGUCCCGGCAGGUACCAUCAUGGCUGUGGUGGGAUCUAGUGGGUCUGGAAAAUCGACCCUGGUCUCUCUGCUGCUCAGGCUGUAUGACCCUGAUGCUGGUAUCAUCGCCAUAGAUGGUCAUGACAUCAGGGAUCUAAAUCCCAACUGGCUCAGGAGUCACAUUGGAACUGUCAGCCAGGAGCCUGUGCUGUUUUCGUGUUCUGUCAGGGAUAACAUUGCAUACGGUGCAGUGGACCCAGACGCCGUGACCACAGAGGACAUCUACAGGGCAGCCAGAGUGGCCAACGCCUAUGAUUUCAUCCAGGCUUUUCCUAAUGGCUUUGACACUAUAGUGGGGGAGAAAGGAGUGCUGCUGUCAGGUGGUCAGAAGCAGAGGAUAGCCAUAGCCAGAGCCCUGCUCAAGAAUCCUAAGAUCCUGCUUUUAGACGAGGCCACCAGUGCAUUGGACGCUGAGAAUGAGUUCCUGGUCCAGGAGGCCUUGGAGCGCCUGAUGGAAGGGAGGACAGUCAUAAUCAUUGCUCACCGUCUGUCCACCAUCCAGAAUGCGAAUGCCGUGGCCGUACUAGACCAACACCGCAUAGCUGAGUGUGGCCAGCACACAGAGCUGCUAGGCAACAGGCAAGGGCUGUUCAGAAAACUGAUGGAGAAACAGGCGUUUCUACAGGAAGAACAGAAACAAGCCCUGCGCUGAGAGGACAGGGAGUAUAGAUAAGGAGUAGCAGGAGGCGAUGUCAAUGGCUGGGAAAAAUUGGCUUUUCUCUAGAAUGGGUUGAAGUGAGAGGGACAAAACAUAUAUAUUUUGCCUGGAAUGGGGAGAGAUGGAAAAAUAAAUGCAUAGGAGGACAACAGAUGGGAGAUAUGGACGCCACUGAGAAAUAUAAAGGGUUUUUCUUCAAUCCUUUGAGUGUCCCUUCACCACUGGAAUGACUAUGUAGCAUCACAUAAAGAGCUGUUUGGAAAGGAAACACUGGGUAAUCCACAGUGAAAACCUGAGAACUGAAACUCAGAUCAGUGACGUACUGGAGAUGCUUUAUUUUGAAAAUAUCUAAUUCUACACUGAAGAAAUAAGACAGACAGAGAGGCCGAGGAAGAAGAGGACUCAGGAUGAAGACAGACACUCCUCACACUGAAGGCUCAUGGCCAACAUGUAAAUUAAGUCACUGUCACUACCGUGGCUUUGGGGAAAAGAUCCAGUCAAGUUUUAAAGUUCAGACAUAUGACAGAUAUCGGGUGCAAAUAACUAACCUCUCUUUCAUUCUCUGCUGUGGGACUUUGUGAUCAUUUUCUUAAUUUUCAUAACUAAACCAAAAAUAAUCCAGUAAUAUGUAUUUGUUUAUGUGUUUGUCAUUGGGUAAUUGAUUUUUUUAACUUGAAACUUACAUGCAGAGCCUUUUUAUGUCAUUGUCGAGUUUAAACAAACCAAACAAAGCAGCUAUUCGUCAUGUUUACACUGUGCUGUAAAACAGGACUGAACACUUUUCUGACAUAUCUUGAUUAAUGUAUGCACAUUUGUCAUGGGAAAUAUAAGCAGUAGUACAGAGAGUCAAAGCUAAGGUGCUACACUUCUAAAAAAAUAUAUAGAAUUUCUCUUAAUAAGAGAUUUGGUGAAAUUGGAUUCAGACUCUCUUCGGUUUUUCUUUCUUUGGAUUUAACUGACAGCUCUGAAACUGCUAAACAGGACCAUUCUGUAACUUAAAGAAAGUGGACUGAGGCCUGGCAAGCAGCCUCUUUUUUACUGUGAGAUGUUCUGCUGCACCAGAGAAGGAAGGGUACUGGAGACAUCUUCAAAGUCAGAGGCGGUCUGUGUGUCAUGUUCACCUCAACUCUUAACAUCUCACUUUCUAAAAUCUUUUUUUUUAAAUCUCUCUGCAAACAACCACUAUCUCGCUCUAAACUAUAAAUUGAGAAAAAACAGAAACCAACAUUGGAGUGUACAACAUUUCUGAUCUGUGUGUCUCUAAUGUCCUCCACUCCUUUCUCUGUUCACUGCUAAGCGUGUACAGGAUAUCCACUUGGCCUACAUUAAAUUCUAUGUAAACAGCUCUAAAACCAUGUGCAUGUUAGCCUUUGCACUGUUGAGCCAGCUAAAUAUUAUAGCUGGCCUGGAGAGCCUGACUAAGACGUUCUCUUCAGUAAAUAUUUGGCUUGUAAAUGCCCACUUCACCGCUUAGGGAGAGUCUAGAGUGGACUGAGGAUCUCUUGGGAUUUUUUCUUGUUACAGUAGACUUGCAAAUGCCUUAAACUUUACUUCUCCAUAAGCCUAAAGUGAUUCGGUUGUUUCUAGACGUGUACAUCAGAAAUAAUGAUAAUAUGUUGGACAUCCUUUGUGUAAUGAUCUCAGAUCAGUACCGCGUAGCAGGGAACAGUUUUGAUCCGGUGCCAGCCCAAGUGCAUUUAACAGAUCGUUUUACCACAGGAACUUCUCAGAGGCUCAAACGCUGUAACAAUGAUUUUUAAAAACAGGGGAUAGUACACUGGAAGAACUGUCACAUCAGUUAGUUCUAAUGAUUGCAGAAAUAUCACAACAUAUAAUCCACAGUGUUUUCCCUGUAACAUUUAUCUUCUUUGACCAUUUGACUACAGUGAGAGGACAGCAAAUGUGGACAGAUAUGUGAAGGUUUUAUGCCAAGUAGAAAGUUUGUUUUUUGUUAUUUAUGUUUGGGAGAAGAUACUUGAAUCACUGUGGAUGUAACCUUCCAUUCACCAUCUGAUGGCAGUGACAUGUGGAGUGUCAAGAUAAAUUAAUACAACAUUGAUCAAUGGCAAUCAGUCAUUUCAGUAGUCUCAUACUAUUGUCUCUAUUCUCCAGUUCUCACUUAUUGGUUUUAUAGAUCUAUUUAUUACAGUGUAUAGACUGUAUAUCUUUCUUUAUUUGUACUUGUUAUUUCACCUAAAAGGCAAAUAGUUUUUACUUAAAUCAGAAUAUAUUUUCAUGCCAUCACAACAUGUUAGUCUAAAUUUCACGGCUAAAUUUCACUUCAAAUGAUACUACGAACAUCGUCUCUGAACAUCAAAUGUGCAGAUUUGUUGUAUGCCUCGUCUGUAGCGGUGAUGCUACCAAACCCUCGACCCACUGAAAAUAAAUAGGAAGAGUUUUUUGUUUUGUUGAAGAUGAAAUAUGCCUGUCGCCUCACUUCACCUCUCACUCCAGUCUACAGUAACAGCUGAAGCUGUUUGAAAGUUUGUGAUAAUGGGUCUAUUUCUGAUUAUACAUCACAGAAGACAGCUAACUUGUUGUUGAUGUUAUGAGUUAUAAUAAAUAUGACCUAAAUGAUGUACAUGUAUGAUAGAUUUUUAAUUAUUUUUGUGUUUGCUAAAUUAUUAUACUUCUAUGUAAAGAUAAAUAAAGUGAAAUAUUGAAA